AUGUGCAGGCUAGUGAUCGCCGUGAUGCUGGCGGCCUGCCUGGGCGCCGCCGUGGGGGCGGGCCCCGAACCGCAGACGCACGCGAUCAGCAGCGCUCAGGAGCAGGAAGAGCAGCAAGAGCCGCAGGAGCAGGGCCUGCACCACGCAUACCUGCAGCAGCAUGCGCACACCGACAGCGAGCUGUGGCGCUGGCUGACGGACAACGGCGCGGCGCUGAACUUCUUGCCGGCGGUUUCCGAGUACGGCGUGCGCGGAGGGGUCGCUGUCGCAGACAUCCCUGCUGGCGGCCUGGUGGCCAGCAUCCCCAUGCGCCUGGCCAUGUACUUCCCAGCCAAGUACGGCACUGUUGCGGAGCUGGCCGCGCAGCUGUCGCUCGAGGCGCGGAAGCCCGACAGCCGCUACCGCCCCUACCUUGAAUCUCUGGCGUCUCUGACCCACUCCCCCAUCCUGAGCUGGGAGAGCUUCCCGCCCUCGUACCUCCACCUCCUGCAAGACGCGGCGCCGCUGGCUGACGUCAUCGUCGCGCGCCAGGCCGCCCUGGAGCGCUACUGGUCGCGCGAGGGCAUGAACCUCACGCGGGCGGGUGUCUCGCUGGAGGACCUUCGCGCGGCCCUGGUGCUGAUCACCACCCGCUCGUUUGACGGCGGCGCGGACGGCCCCAACGCCGGCCAGAGCAGCCUCAUCCCCGGCAUCGACUUCCUCAACCAGUGA